UUGGCCCUCCAUUUAUUCCCUUUUUCUCUGAUCUAACCAUGUAUAUAAGUACCCCUCGUAUCUAACACAUUCGCUCACCACCAUUUUCUUGAUUUUUCUAUUCUUGGCUUCAUCACCUUCAACUCUUUCUGAAUCCCUUUCAGUCUUUCUACUUCAAAGAGAGUAUGAGUAGGCCAGGAGACUGGAACUGCAGGUCAUGCCAGCACCUGAACUUUCAGAGACGUGAGUCGUGCCAGCGCUGUGGGGACUCAAGGUCUGGAGGUGACCUUGGAGGUUUUGGUGGGAGAUCUUCAGGUGGGUCAUCAUUUGGAUUCACGGGGUCAGAUGUUCGUCCCGGGGAUUGGUACUGCACUGCCGGCAACUGUGGAGCCCACAACUUUGCAAGCCGCUCAAGUUGCUUCAAAUGUGGUGUGUACAAAGAUGAUUCUGGUGGUGGCUUCGACUCUGACAUUCCUCGCUCUAGAGGCAUUGGCAGUGGCAGCAAUCGUUCUGGUUGGAAAUCUGGCGAUUGGAUCUGCACCAGGUGGGGAUGCAAUGAACACAACUUUGCAAGCAGAAUGGAGUGUUUCAAAUGCAAUGCCCCUAGAGAUCUUAGCAACAGAACUUCAUACUAGACAUGUUUCCUCCUUUAAUGGGUGUUGCAGCAAGCGAGACAAGACAAUAUUAAUUAAAGAAUAUUUUGUUUUGGGUGUUAGGGUUCUUGAGAUGUAAACAUGGUUUAAAACCCAUGUUGAUAUGCCUUUAAGCUAUAUAUAUGACCCCUUUGGCAUUUUGUGAGGCUUCCCAAAAGAAGUAUAUCAAUGUACUUGUGGUGCUUUUGAUCUACUAUAUCCUUUUGUAGCCAUGUGGGGAAGAAAUCUACUACCCAAUUUCCCUUUUGUUUUUAAA